AAUAACAAGUUUUAAAAUUCGAAUCUUGACUUGCAAUUUGGCGCCAUUUUCUAAAUUUAAUAAAAAUAUUUUGACAGUGACGUGUAUUUUGUUUUGACAAAUAUUUUUAUCAGCCAAAUGUCACAUUGUGAUUAUGAUACAAUAUUUUAUAGAGUAUUCUGUGCAACGGUAUUAGGUAUAGCAUUUACAUUCACAGUUAUUUUGACUAAUGUCUUCAUUGAUAUUGAUGGGUUGUUAUCAAAGAAAGACACCGUUGCGGAGACCACAUCCAACUUUGACAGUUACAGAACAGAAGAUGUUAAGAAUGAUGUUCAAUAUGAUGAUCGGAGCGAUGACGCAGAUCCGUAUAGGGGUAAAAGAUCAAUAGAACCCGAUAACUUUUUGUUUCAAGUUAAAAACCCAAAUAUAAAGAAAAUGUUAACAAACAAACUAGCAAAUUUACUUGAAGAAUUGGACGAAGAAGAAUCUACGAAAACGAACAGUAAUGUAGAACAGAUGAAAGCGGAUAGAGAAAAUAUUGAUAAUAAUCAAAGAGAUAAAAAUAGCGAACAAAAUAAUGAUAACAUGCUGCACUUGGCAAUGCACAAUAUUCUUCUACAAGGUAUCAUUGGGCAUAUGGAUUUAAAUAAUGUGUAUAAAAAGGUUCACCUGCUUGUCAAGAAUUUUUACGAACAUAACACCGAAAAGCCUAACAAUGCUAUAGAAACUGUAAAGGAAAUACCAGAAUAUACAAAGCAGAAUGAAGAAGAUAAGUUUUUUGAAGAGCUCUUGAAAUGUAAAACUUUGAAGGACCAAGUCAAUGGUAUAAAAAAUAAUAGCCAACAAAUUAAACAGAAAGAACCUAAAGUAGUAAUUAAAACAAUUAUUGAAAUAAACGAUAAAGGAAAGCUUCAGAGAGACAAUAGCUCCAACAAUAACGAUAUAAUAGGCUUAAUUAAACUUAUAUAUAACGGAAAGUCAAUAAAAAUUGAAAAACUUGAAGAUACAUUCGUAAAAUCGGACAAAGAUGGUGAACAAAUGACUACAAAUGCGGAAAAAUCAGACAAAAAGUCGUCAUAUUUUACUGGCCUUUCUCUUAUUCAAGAGAAGCAACUUUCUGAUCCAAAUUGGAAUAAAAUAAUCGAGAAUUAUUUAAAACAAUACCCAGUCGGUACAGAUUUUGUAAAAAAUAUAGAAAAUAAAAUAAACCGGAAAAAACGACAAAUUAAAAUUCACUACCUCGAUAGCAAACACGCAACUGAUAAACCUAAAACUGCUGAAAAAAUUAAAAAGGAUGAUGAAGAAUUAUAUAUUGAAAUUGAAACACAUUUUGAUGGUAAAGGGAUUAAAGGAGAAAAGAAAAAGAAGUUAGUUCGAAGUCUUAUCGAUAAAAUUCAAAAGGCAAUUCACGAUGAUGGGCACACUGCAACUCAUAAGAAAAGUAUGUCAAAUCACAUUAAAAUCAUGAAGCGGAACCAAGAUCCAAUCAAAAUGAAAAAUAACUUAUUCUACAGCAAAAUUGUACCAGCAAUCCGCAAUAUUGAACAUAGACAAUUAGAUCCUAUUAGCAAUAUUAUAUCUCCUAUUGAUGAUAAUUUCAAUUAUAACAGUGACAGAAUUUGGAAUUCAAAUGUAGCAUCCCCACCAUUUUACUCAGGACAAUCACUAGACGCCGUUGAAAUGGGCAACUUACUCACGAACUACAAUAACGAAAUAUCUAAAAGGAACCAAAAACCAAUAACGAUUGAAAGAAACAGAUUCAAAAAUCGAGUUAACGAUCCAAGUAACAUGACAUUUUAUUUGAAAGAUAUUGAUGGCUCUGGGUUUUCAGUUGGUUUCAAUCAAUAUGUUGAUGAACCACCAGAUAUGGAAAGUUUAAAACUUUUUAAUGGAGUAGAAAAUCUUAUUCAAGAAUAUCAUAACACUUACGACAACUCUAAUAAAAUUGAUAAGGUCUCAGACAACGUAAGUAAUGAAAAAAGGGAGAAGUAUAUUGAAAGAGAACAAGAAAGUAUAUCAAAUUCUCACGUUUUUCGGCGAUCAGUCAACAAUGAACCAAAUUUAAAUUAUUCUUAUAAAAAAUUUAUUAAAAAACUUAUCAAACCAUUAAAUUACUAUAAACCCUGGAAAUUCAAUGGAAAAUCAUCAAACAAAAUAUUUACAAAUAGAGAAUAUAAGACUAGUCGCUCGCCCGGUACAAUAAAUGUUGUUUCGAAACCAAUUAAAAUAAAUGAUCUAUCUGUUGCUUUUAUAAACAACUAUUAUAAUGAGAUACCAAAAAAAUAUAGUCUGGAUUCUUUGGAAAGUAGAUUAAAAAGACGAAAACGAUCGGUUCAUUUAACUCUUCUCUUAUUCGGGCUGCAUUUUAUUGCUAUAGACUGCCAUCCUAAGCCAGAGACAAACAACACUGAAACAUUCGAAAUAAAGCAAUUACCUGACGAAGUGGUUCAAUUCAUCAAUACAAAACCAGACGAACCAGUCAUAAGAGAGAUCUUCUUUUAUCAUAUUAUUGAAAAACCAUAUUUGAAGAAGGAUCCCAAGACGUCGCCUGAUGAUCAAGAGCCUGACUUCGAUGAGUCCAUCAGACCCUUCACCAAUGGUCAAGGCUACCAAUACUUCGACUCGCAGUCAAAGAUAUGUUAA